AACCAAAUCUGUCAUAGUCAGCUGUCAAUAUCACUCCAGUGACAAAAAUAGAACGAAAUAUUUGCUUUACUUGUUUUAAAAUCAGUCAUGAAUCCACUCAGUACCAAAUCGCAAAUUCUGGAUAUGACCAGCGACCAGGUGGAUCAGUUGCAUGGUCUGUGGGAGCAAAUGUUUCCACCCGAGACCUGCGAGGAGCACCUUCAAAGGCUCAAAGAGCACAUUAAGGAUUUCUAUGACGAUUUGCUAAACGAGUCGCGCGAGAAGGAACAGACCAUCUAUGACAAUAUUGCCAGUCUUCGGGAGCAGGCCAACCAUCUUGGACACCAGCUUUCGGAGCCGUUGGAUGUUACCGAGAAACCGGAUGACGUUCCCCUGGUCAUCUGGCAGCUGAAGCUGGAAAAGAGCAUUGAGUUCCUACAGGAUAAGCUGGCCAGCCGCCGGGCGGAGAUCGGCAAGCUUCUCCUUGUGGAGCAACAGAUCUGCCACCAACUGGGUGAGCUACCACUUCCACUGCCAGUAGAUCCACUGCCUCUGCCAGAGAAACUAGGAACCAUUAGGGAUCACAUCGAUCAGCUGCGAGACCUGCGAGAGGAACGCAUAAAAGAAGUGGACCUGCUGCGUCGGAGCAUCAAGAAAGACAUGGAGCUGCUGGAGUGCAUACCAACAGACUCCGAGAAGCGACUGCUGAACCAGGCUAAUCACUGCCUCACACCCGAUGACUUGGAGCAGCUGCGUCAAAUGCAAAAGGAUUUUGCCGACCAGAUGGGGGAGCUACGCAAGCGAAUCGAUGACAUGCGCGAGAAGAUUUCGGUUUUAUGGGAUCAAAUUCAGGACAAGGACGAAAAUGCCAGGAAACGGGUACAAGAAUCGGUAGCCUAUACACAGUACACUCACGAUAUCCUUGUGGAAGAGUUGCAGCGCUGCCAAAAUCUCCGAAGGCAGAAGAUGAAGACCUACAUCGAACAGCUGCGCCUGGAGAUAAAAGAGUUGUGGGAUCUCACCCUGAAGAGCACACAGGAGCGCAAACGAUUCUACCACAACGAAUGGUAUCCGGACCUGCUGGAGCUACACGAAUUGGAGUAUGACGACCUUCAGACAUUCUACAACAAAAACAAGGAGAUCUUUAAGCUGUUCAAAGCCCGUACAGUACUUUGGGAGCGCAUGCUAGCACUGGAGGUCAAUACCAGCGAUCCCAACCGCUUCAACAACCGCGGCGCCCAGCUGCUGAAAGAGGAAAGGGAGAGCAAAGCCAUUACGUCCAAGUUGUCCCAGAUUGAGCAACAAAUCAUUGCUUUGGUACGGGCGUACGAGACCCGUGAGAACACUCCGUUCCUGGUGCACGGCGAGAACAUAUUGAAGCGCAUGGCCGACGACUGGGAGCAGUAUCGCCAGACCAAGCAGCAUAGCUUCCGCAAGAAGGCCGAGAAGACCUUGCAACCCACUGCUCCGGGCUCGCUGCGUAACUUGUCCGCCUUGUCCAGCUCCACAAGUUCGCUGCACAAGUCGGCUUCGCAACAGUCUCUGAAGCCUUUGAAUAAGCUUCCUCCUUCGAGCAAAAAGGAGACUGCAAAGACAUCAAGCAAAGACAUCAAGUCCCAGAAACCAUCUCCAACUAUUCGGAACACCAGCCAGCGCCUGCUGAUGCCUAGUCAGAAAACAAACCAGUUAAAAGCAGCAAAGCCUCCGCUAAAGGAAGUUGGAACCUCUAACAUUACUUUGCGAUCCACCAAAAUGUUGAACACAAAAACCUCAAAAUUCAAUUCCUACCAAGACGAGAACUCCAAGCCCGAAUGCAAAGCAGCUAAACCUUAGCAAGAGAACUUUAGCCUCUAAAGAUUAACUUAAACUGCCAAAAACCCAAGUACUUUAUUGUCUCCACUUGAUAUUUCUAUUACUGUUUUAUU